AUGAGGCUCGAGGCCAGGACCGUCAUUGUCCCCCCCCAACUUGACGUCGUCAAGAUGGAGGACCGCAAGAGGCCCGCCAUGGGCGACGACGAGUCUGUCCCCCCAGCUAAGAGGCAAGCCGUUACUGUUAACGGUGCGAGGUCGCAUCCCGACGCUGACCUUCCCUGGAAAGAUUUCAACAUCGAGCUGUUCCAAAAAGAUGCCAUCCUACGGCAAAUGAAGGAGUACAAGCGAGAGAAGGUUGCGCUCGAGAACCAAGUCGCCAACAUGGAGAAACGGUCAGCAUAUCACGAUGACCACCUCCGCAUAAUCGACGCGUGGUUUUCCCAGCUCGUUGACGAAGUUCGGAUCUUGGCUAAUGAUACCCACUCGCUGGGGGCAUCGCAAAGCUCUCCUGAUACGCCUUUCCCCUCCUCGCUUCUUUGGGCAGAUACCGACACCUUCCAGAAGCAUCUGUCCGCACGGUCUGAGGAAAUAAAGUCCGCCCUGUCCGACCUCUUUGCUAAACUACCCACCGCGUCGCCCGACGUUCACCAACUCCAGGACAAGAUUUCCAAAUUACUGGCCUUGGAAAAAGAGCACAUAGCGGAACUGCACCAGAUCACUACCGAGAAGGAGGAAUUGUCCGAGCGCAUGGACACUGCCACACAUCGCUACAUGAUUGCUGAGAAGAAGUUGGAUCGUUCCAAAAGCAUUCAGGUGUCCAAGUUGGAAAGCCAGGCGAUUCAAAACAGCACCCGCGAAGAUUCGUCUGCUACUAACCAGGAUGGGCCCGUCGAGGUCAAUGGGGUGAAAGGCGGCGCUCGUAUCAACGAGGAAUUAGAAGCGCAAAAGAAGGAAGCCGUAGCUGAGUCCGUCAAGAGAAAAGAACAGCUGGAGCAGCUUGAGUCGGAGAAUAGGAAGCUGACAGAGCACGUCACAUCCCUGACUAUCAAGCUGUCUGGACUCUCUGAUGACGACUAUGCCAAAUCUGAACUCUUCAAAAUUCUCAAGUCGCAACAUGAAGAUGUCCUCAAGCGAAUCAACAACCUGGAGGCCACGAACAAUCAACUGCGCGAAGAAGCUAAGAAGCUGCAAGCUGAGCGAACCGAAUACCGUAUCCAGAUCGACGAAGAGAGCCGGAUCAUGCUCAGCGAGACCGAAACCAAUCUUGCUCAAGCGGAGGCAAACCUCACACGAGUCCGACAUACCCGAGAUGAGCUUAUCGCAGAGAAUAGCAUCAUGAAGACGAGCCAAGAUCAAAACAAGACUUUAAUCAACCAAACCAAAGAGCUCACCAGCGCAAAGGAAAGCCGAAUCGCCGCGCUUGAAUCAGAGGUCGAGAGAUUACGGCUGAAGUUGGCGGAGCAAGAGGCGACCGAGGCAAGCCUUCCCGAACUGGAUGCAUUAUCACCCGAUCAGCUAUGCAGCAAGAUCGUGAGCCUCGAAAGCCAAUAUAAGCUCUUGAGCAACGAACUGCCUUCUAUGGAGGCGGCUUGGAAGAAAGCGCAAGCCAUUGCCGGUCAGAAAAUCAAAGAUCAGUCGGACGCACUUGAAAAGAUCGAGCGAGCCAAUGCCGAUAAGUCCAAGGCUGACCAGAAGUACUUUGCUGCCAUGAAGACCAAGGAGGCACGGGAAGCUGAAAACAAGUCGUUGGUGCUGCAACGUAUGAAGAAUGGUGAAGUCAUUGCUUCUCUGAAAGAGGCGGAAGCCCUCAGUCGAUCCCUCUUGGACAAGGUCGAGAAGCAGAACGCCGAAAUGAAAUCCCAAAUGGACGACAUGGCGAACCAGCAUCGUGUCAUGCAGCAAAAGUUGAAUGAAUAUUCACUUACUACCGAGGGACAAUCAUCACAGAUCACAGAAUUGAAGAAGGUUGUAGAGGCGAAGACCACUGCCCAGUUGGCCGCCGCACACGGCCAACGAGAAGCUGAAGCGGAGCGCGAAAAGCUAAAGGCCCAGUUGGACGAAUCGAAGAGACAGGCAAAAUCUUGGAAAGAGAAGAGUAUGGGCAAUCAAUCAGAGGAGGACAAACACAUGCGGGCCAUGCUUCUGUGCGCAGUGUGCAAGAAGGACUUCAAGGACACGGCCAUUAAGUCCUGCGGCCACCUGUUCUGUUUUGGAUGCGUGAACGAACGACUCACUUCGCGGUCAAGGAAGUGCCCUCAAUGCGGAAAGUCUUUCGGGUCCAACGAUCACAUGCGGGUUCACUUCUGA